AAAAAAGGUUAGGAAAUUCAUAAGAGGCCAGAAUAACCUAACCUUUAGAAAGUAGCAGCAAACUCGGAAGCCCUAGCUUCCUGAAUAUAAUAUAUGAGCGAUGGAAUCGCAAGAGACCGCCAAGCGGCCCCAGGAAGAGGCCAAUGGCUCUACUGAUCAUCAAAAUAUUCCCAACGGCGACGAACCUGCGCUCAAGAAGAUCAAACUCGACGGGCCUUCAUCAGUGUCCGACGUUCCAGCCCAGUCGUCGCCAAGACCGAGGGUCAAAGGAGUCGCCCCGAUCAAGGCAGAAUACUUGAUCUUCGUACCUGGCCAGACAGGGAAGCCUGCCGAGGACGAGGUCGCUGACGACGAUGCUGCCGAAGGGCAAAGAGCUCGAGAACCCCAGGAGGCGACACAAACAUCCAAAAAGGACGGGAAGCGGAAAAAGCAGAAGGGCCAAAACAAGGACAGAGAUUUUGGCACAUUCUCAGAUGCUAAGCGCUUAUGCAAUUCCGUCGCAUGGACUCCUGAGUUCUCCCCUCGGCCCUGCAAACAUGGCGACCGUUGCAAUGCCCUCCACGACCUCCGCCAGUAUCUGAAAGAAGGCCGGCGCCCCGACCUCGCCACCUUCGGAGGCAAGUGCCCCGUCUGGGCAAAGUACGGCAAGUGCCCCUCGGGCUGGCGUUGUUUGUUUGUCCGCAGUCACAUGGACGAAAUCAAGCACACCGACGGCCGGUCAGAACUGGUCCUCUUGGAAAACACCACAAAACAAUCACCCGAUGGAGGGAAGGGGGAGAAGGACGAGGGGAAGAAGGAGGAGGGGGAGGAGGAGGAGGAGGGAGAGAUGGGAGACGUCAAGCCUGGCGUGGUCAACGUGGUGCCGGCCAGGAUCAAGUUCGACCUCGCGAAAAAGAGACUACGGCUAGAAAAGUCGGAUCGGUACCUAGAGUGGCUGGCCAAAGACACCGAACGGCUCACCAGGCAUUAUCACAAGCAGAAAAACGAUACGGAUGAGGCCAAUGACUAUCGAGCACAAUACGUUGAGCCGCCGCUCAAGCCGUCAGAAAAGAGGAGGAUCUACUUUGGCCGAGAGACGCCGGUUCUUGCGCCCCUUACCACGCAAGGCAAUCUUCCGUUCCGCCGCCUCUGUGUCGAGCUAGGGGCUCAAGUGACAUACUCCGAGAUGGCCCUAGGGCUGCCGUUACUGCAAGGGCAGAAGGCAGACUGGACCCUGAUGAGGGCCCACGAGAUCGAGACCACUCCACCUCGCUUCGUCCCCGGCAACGGUUCUAUCGUCCGAGACUACGACAAUUCGAGAGAUCUCAAAUUCGGCGCUCAGAUCGCCGCCAGCGUCCCCUGGGUCGCAAUCAAGGCCGCCGAGGCUCUGUCUCGGUUCCUGCCGCAUCUCCGACUCAUUGACCUGAACUGCGGCUGCCCGGUGGACGCGGUGUACAAAUCCGGCGCCGGGUCUGCCCUUCUGGAUGCUCAGUCGAAGCUGGAGAGAAUGAUCAGGGGCAUGAACGCGGUUUCGGGGGAAGUACCAAUCACCGCAAAGAUCAGGAUGGGCGUUAGGGACGACAGGCACACGGCACACAAGCUCGUCGAGCGCCUGGCGCUAGGGGGCGAGGAUAUGCGCAGCGUGGUCGGCGCCCCCGGCUGCGCGGCCGUCACGCUCCACGGCCGGACGAGGCAGCAGCGGUACACCAAGGCCGCCGACUGGGGCUACAUCGCCGAGUGUGCCGCCCUGAUCAAGCAGUUCAACGACAAGGCGGACAGCCUGGCCGACACCAUUCGGGAAGCCGACGAGAGCACGCUGCCUAACGGGGGCAAGAUGUACUUCUUGGGCAACGGCGACUGCUACUCGCACGUCGACUACUUUGAGCACAUCGACAAAGCCAAGGUCGAUAGUGUCAUGAUUGGCCGGGGCGCCAUCGUCAAGCCGUGGAUCUUUGAGGAGAUCGAGAAAGGGCAGUACCUGGACAAGUCAAGCUCGGAGCGGCUGACGUACAUUGAGAAGUUCGCCCGCUACGGAAUGGAGGCCUGGGGCUCGGACGAGCUCGGUCUCAACUACACGCGCCGGUUCCUUCUCGAGUUCCUCAGCUUCUUCUGCCGCUACGUGCCUGUUGGCCUGCUGGAACAUCUCCCUCCCAGCCUGAACGACAGGCCCCCUGCUUACCGCGGGCGGGACGAUCUUGAGACGCUGCUUGCGAGUAAGAAUUACAAGGACUGGAUCAAGAUCAGUGAGAUGUUCCUGGGCCCAGCCCCGCCAGGGUUCAAGUUCCAGCCAAAGCACAAGUCGAACAGCUACGAGCUCGAGGCGGAGGGUUGAAAAACAAGAGGUCAUACUUCCGUGAUGCGGAGUUUCCUUAGGGUAUACACAUCAGAGGAUAUGGAAAUAGACGCCGCAGAUGAGGAGCCUCGGAGGAUACAAAGAAACCGCCCAAACCGCGAGGGUGGCGGGACAGAAGCUGUAGGGAAUGCAGUAACGGAGGGGUCCAAGUCACGUUUCGUGCUUUGCUGCCUCCGUAGGGAGUAGUUCUCGUGGCCUGGUGCUAGGCGGUAGCUUUCAAGGCUAGCGGACCUCGGCCAACGCACGAAAUGGUCUAGGACCCCGCCCGUUAACAUUGCGCUGAAUUGUUUGUGCUCUCAAAAG